GCGGGGCGGGGCGGGGCGGGGGCGGCGGCUUCCCCUUCCCGCCCGUCCUCCACUGCUGCUCGCGCCGGGACGGGCCCUGAGCCGCCAGGCCCGGCGGCGGCGGGCGGGCCGGCUUUGUGCGUGUGUCCGUGUCCCCGACGGCCUGACCAUGGGGAUCUCCUCGGCUCUGCCCCGCCGCUCCGCCUGGAGUCACUGGGCUCAGCCAAGAUGGCUGACAAGCUUCCGCGGGAGGAGCCUGGCGCAGAAGAGCGUGGGUUCGGGCCUGCGGACGGCUCAGCAGUGGAAACAGCCAGGUGCGCCCACAGGGGUGGUUUCCAGGCCGUGGGGCAUGAGGCCUCGGGGGAGGAGGCCGCUGCACGCAGCCUCGGCCAGCUUCCAGGAGGUUAUGCCGACUAGUGAGCGUUACAGAGUGCAACGCCUGCCCUUCUCCCAGCUGUCCGAGAGCGAUGUGGCUUUCUUUGAGCGCAUAAUGCCAGGUAGAGUCAUCACAAAUCCGGAAGAACUGAAACCAUUUAAUGUGGACUGGCUUAAAUCAGUGCGAGGCUGUAGCAAGCUGAUGUUGAAGCCGCAGACAACAGCAGAGGUGUCUCAAGCUCUCAGGUACUGCUAUGAGAGGAACCUGGCAGUGAACCCACAGGGGGGCAACACGGGCCUUGUCGGGGGCAGCGUUCCCGUCUUUGAUGAGAUCAUUCUCUCCACUGUUCUCAUGAACCAGAUCAUCAGUUUUGACAACGUGUCUGGAAUCCUUGUGUGCCAAGCUGGCUGCAUCUUAGAGAAACUCAACGAGUACUUGGAGGAGCAGGGGUUUAUCAUGCCACUCGACUUGGGAGCGAAAGGUAGCUGUCACAUUGGUGGUAAUGUGGCCACAAACGCUGGAGGCUUACGGCUCUUGAGAUACGGCUCUCUCCGAGGGACGGUGCUAGGACUGGAAGUGGUGCUGGCUGAUGGCUCAGCUCUGGACUGCUUGGCUUCUCUGCGCAAAGAUAACACUGGCUAUGAUUUGAAGCAGCUUUUCAUCGGAUCUGAGGGGACCUUGGGAGUUAUCACUGCUGUCUCCAUACUCUGUCCUCAGAAACCUAAGGCUGUGAAUCUGGCAUUCCUAGGGUGUCAGAGUUUCGCUAAGGUUCUGGAAACAUUUACAACCUGCAGAGCCAUGCUGGGAGAGAUCCUGUCUGCUUACGAGUUCAUGGAUGAGAAGUGCAUGGAACUGGUUGAGAGACAUCUCAAGCUGUCCAGCCCAGUGACAGGCAGCCCUUUUUAUGUUUUAGUUGAAACUUCGGGCUCCAACUCAACCCAUGAUGAAGAAAAAUUGAACAGUUUCCUAGAACAGGCCAUGAGUUGUGGUUUGGUUGCUGAUGGAACUGUGGCAACGGAUGAUAAGAAAAUAAAGAUGCUGUGGAGCCUGCGGGAGAGAAUCACAGAAGCCCUCACUCACGAUGGCUAUGUCUACAAAUAUGACAUCUCCCUCCCUGUGGGAAAGCUGUAUGAUCUCGUGACUGACACAAGGGCUCGGCUGGGCUGUAGUGCCAAAAACGUGGUGGGCUACGGCCACUUGGGAGACGGAAAUUUGCACUUGAACAUCACGACGGAGUGCUAUAGCUGUUCCCUGCUGGAUGCCAUUGAGCCAUUUGUGUAUGAGUGGACUGCAAGAUACAAUGGCAGCAUCAGUGCAGAGCACGGACUGGGCUUCAAGAAAAAGCAGUUCAUUCAGUACAGCAAACCCAAAGAGGCAGUCUUUCUAAUGCAGCGUUUCAAAGCCAUGUUAGACCCCAAAGGGAUCCUCAAUCCGUACAAGAUGCUGCCCUCCAGUUCCUGAGAGCAACAUGCACUGAGAAGCGAGCAGAUGCCAUCCAUGAGGGUGGCAUCUCUAGCUCAGUAACUGCACUUUCGCCAUAGGCAAACUGAUGGAUCAAGCAAGCAUGUGGAAUGCUCCUUGUUUUAUUUCCUUAGCGUGACGGAACAAGUAAAGGAAUGUGGUUUCUCUUUCAGGGGUGCCCACUAUUUCUGAAUAAGAGCAUGUUACUGGU